CUCGCCGGCCAGCCGGGGCGAGGCGUGGAGGCUGGGAGUCCGGGCCGCCAGGGCGUGGCCGCCCCACGGGCCCGCCCAGCCGCCGGCGCCUCCGCGCGCGCCAAAGUCAAAGUGCGGGUCCCGCCGGCGCGAGCGUGACGCCGCCGCCCUGAGCUCCCGGCGCCGCCGCUCUCCUGCAGGUCCCGAGCCCGAGCCGCCGCGAACCAGGCAUGGCCACCCCGCCCAAGAGGUUCUGCCCGUCCCCCUCCACCAGCUCCGAGGGGACGCGCAUCAAGAAGAUCUCAAUCGAGGGGAACAUCGCUGCUGGGAAGUCAACCUUUGUGAAUAUCCUCAAGCAGGUCUGUGAGGACUGGGAAGUGGUUCCUGAACCUGUCGCCAGGUGGUGCAACGUGCAAAAUACUCAAGAUGAAUUUGAGGAAUUGACAACGUCUCAGAAAAGUGGUGGGAAUGUUCUUCAAAUGAUGUACGAGAAGCCCGAACGGUGGUCUUUCACCUUCCAAUCCUACGCUUGUCUCAGCCGGAUCCGAGCUCAGCUGGCCGCUCUCAAUGGCAAGCUCAAAGAUGCGGAGAAACCGGUGUUAUUUUUUGAACGAUCUGUGUAUAGUGACAGGUAUAUUUUUGCGUCUAAUUUGUAUGAGUCUGACUGCAUGAAUGAAACAGAGUGGACAAUAUACCAGGACUGGCAUGACUGGAUGAACAACCAGUUUGGCCAAAGCCUUGAACUGGAUGGAAUAAUUUACCUUCGAGCUACUCCAGAGAAAUGCUUAAGUAGAAUAUAUUUACGGGGAAGAAAUGAAGAACAAGGCAUUCCUCUGGAGUAUUUAGAGAAACUUCACUAUAAACAUGAAAGCUGGCUCCUUCAUCGAACUCUGAAAACCAACUUUGAUUAUCUUCAAGAGGUGCCUAUCCUCACACUGGAUGUCAAUGAAGACUUUAAAGACAAGCAUGAAAGUCUGGUGGAAAAGGUCAAAGACUUUUUGAGUACUUUGUGAUUGUCCGGGAGAUUGCAGAUGACAAAACGUCUCCAGAUGCUUCAGCUUGUGUGUUGUGGCAGCUUGAUGUUCAUCCGAAGGUCUUCACGGGAUUCAAAUUUUAAACCAGUUUUGUUUGGCGGACAGAAACCUUUUCUAGUAUUGAGAAUCCCCUGUAAACUUUGAGCCCCUCCUUGACUCCCUGACACCCUCCACUUCCUUCCACGUGUUAAAUGAGAAGUGUUUAUCUCACUGCGAAGUCUGGAGGUCGAUGUUCUCAGAAUCGGUACAGCGAGUGGAUAAGCUGUUGUAGAAGGCCCAGCCUUCCCCUGCCCUCUCGGUGGGGGUCCUGAGCAGGUUGACAUGUUUUCAUUCUCCCGUCAAUGUUCCAUAUAAAGGAUGUGUGUCUUAUGUAACUGAGUAUACCUGCCCAUUACGAGCUGAGAAGUAGAGUUUGGGGAAGCCCCAGCUAGAAUAGGGAUUUGGUUGAGGUGUGUGUUUUAUUUUUCUUCUGUUCCCUUGAGUGAUGCUGGACAUUGGACCCCCAGGGUCUCAUUCAUGCCAGGGAAGCUUUCUACAGUGAGCUGCCCCCCGCCCCUGACAUGCUGUUGUUACCAAGUGCCUCUCCUCCUACCCUAUGAACGUUACCGUCACCUCACUGAUGUUUACUAAUGUGUCUGCGGUGUGUGGAGAGGAAGAGGUGAAACUCUGUUCCCAGUAUGGUAAUGGCGGAAUUACUUUAUAAAUCAUUUUGUCUGUACCUGUUUCUUCAUCUGUGAUGAGUACCCUUUUUUUCUUUCCUUUUUAAUGCAAAUUUUGGAGAAUGGAAGAAAUCUUUCUAUAUUUAAAAGGUAACAAAGACAUUUAUUACAUGAGUAUAAAGCUUCAUUAAAUUAGCUACUGCUUUUCUUAGAGUAACUACAGUUUAAAUGCUUGUUUAAAUUACGACUUUUUUGGGGAGGGGCAUGGAGACAGGGUCUCUACACCUCUGGCUGUCCUGGAAUUCACUAUGGAGACCAGGCUAGCCUUGAACUCACAGAGAUCCACCCACCUCUGUCUCCCUCCCUGUUCCUAGUGCUCAGUGCUCGGAUUAAAGGCAUGCAACACCACACCCGUCUCUGAUUUUCUUGAAAUCAUUUGAGAUACAAGUAUAGUUUUUCCUCAAUUUCUUUUUAAGUUUUAUGUAAAAUAUGAUAGAACAUAAUGGCAUUUUCCACUGGCUCUGUAUUGAUAAUAAGUAGUCUCUCUUUACCGUUGUACAUGGUGAGAUGGUGAGGGAGACCGAGCCAAGGUGGGACAUUUCAGCCGUUUAGUCUGCUUCUGCCACUUCUCACCCCCCCUUGUACAGUUUUCCUUUUCUAUCUGGAGUUUUUAGGCAGUCUGCAGACUUAAGAUUUAAGUCACAUAUUUCUGCUGUGAGAAUGUUGUGACCGACCACACUUUGCUCCAUAGUUUACUUUGUAGGAUUGUCCUUAGACUUCUUAUACUCACAGAGAAAUUAUUGAAAAAAACAGUUUUGCUUUAUAUAUAGUGUAUCAUGGAAAUGUUACAAUUUUUGUUGAACUAGGAAAUACUUUAACAAAUUCCAGGAGGCUUAAAGCUCCCGUUAAUAAUGUCCGUAACUCUAAACCACUUCCAUGUUUAGCUGUAAAAAUCUGCUUGUAUUCAUUUGAGGCCUGUAUGUAAUUAAAAGUCUUUUUAUUGUUUUUUCCCCCCAGUGUGGUUUUUUAAAGUUAAGAUGUGCAUUAUUUUUACUAGGUAAUUAGCCUUUCUACUUCACAUUAGGAAAAACGUGUAAUUUUUUGAAACGAAGAAUCGCAUUUAUUUUGAAGCUAUAAUUUUCCUUUCUCAAGUGUUACCUUUUAUUUUUGGUUUCUUAUUCAAAGAUGAUAAUUUAGUGGGUUAGCUGGUACAGUAGCACUGAUCUUUGAAAAGGGGACUCAGCUUCAAAUCUGUAAUAACCAAAAAUAGUCUUGUGAUAUAUCUGACCUCCUUUUAUUUUUGUUUGAUAAAAAUAAAUGUGCUAAUUUAAAUGUUUGCCAAUAAAUAAACUUCAGUUUUAUGAACUA